AUGGAGAUGGUGCCGUGCUGCUACGACGGUGACGCCGAUUGGUACCAAGCCCUGGACGACUUCCCUCCGCUGUGCUCAUCUUCGUCGUCGCCUCUCGCAUUGAGGUCAGUGUCGUUGCAGCGUCUUUGUGUUCCUACUGAUCGAUAUGAAGAGCUGACGACGAUGCAAUUUGUAAUCCUCAGCGUGGAAGACUGUCUGCCGAUCCCCGCCGACGCGCCUCCCGGUCAACUGAUGGGCUGCAAGAACGAUUUUGGCGCCUCUCAUGGCGCCCUCGCUGCAGAUUGCUCGUCGUCAGCUCUGAUUAAUCUGAGGUCGGAGGACAGCUACUACGUGCCCGUGUUCUCUGGCCCACCAGCCGCCGCCGGCGAUCAGUACUACGGCCACCAACUCCCGCCCAUUCCCCCCGCUUUCGGCGACAUCGACCUUGAGGCCUUCGGCGACGCCGACGAGCACAAGGGCAUCCUUGAUGACAUGAUGAUGAUCGUGCCGGCGGAUCCCCAUCCGGCCAGGACGCAGCCCUCAACUCACAGUUCGACCGUCGGCCAGAAUGCAGGCGAGGACGCCCGUGAUCAUCACAAGUCCAUGGCCAUGGUGGAUUGUUACCGUCCAGGAGCUAGUGCCUUCGAAACGGCCGUCAUGCAUCAUGGGGAGCAGCACGGAGCGAGGUACUUCUACAUGCCGAUCACCAAGGCGGCGCGGGAGAUGAACGUGGGCCUCACCGUGCUCAAGAAGCGGUGCCGCGAGCUUGGCGUCGCCCGCUGGCCUCACCGGAAGAUGAAGAGCCUCAAGUCUCUCAUCCUCAACGUCCAGGAGAUAGGGAACGGCAUGUCCCCGGCGGCGGUGCAGCAGGAGCUGUUGGCGCUGGAGACGUGCUGCGCGCUCAUGGAGGAGAACCCGUCCAUCGAGCUGACGGACAGGACCAAGAAGCUGCGGCAGGCGUGCUUCAAGGAGAGCUACAAGCGGCGGAGGGCGGCGGCGGCCGUCAACGUGAUCGAUCACAUCUACAGCUUCGACCAGCAUCAUCCGCUGCCUCAAGUGCAGGCGCCAAGCAGCCAGAGCAGCAACAGUUUCUAUGGCUACUGA